AGACGGCAGAAGAAAAGAGGAAGUGGAAACAUCAGCGCUAUCUCUCUCUCACACACACACACAGAGGGACAGACACAGAGAGGGAGGGAGAGAGAGGGACAGAGACUCUGUCUUAAACUCCGGACAUCAGCGCUCUGGUUGAAGAAGUGUCCUCUCGUCGUCAGAACGAGUGACAGGAAAAGGCAAGAAAUGCAGGGGCAACACCACGACUUGAUGUCAUGAAUGUGGUUUGGAUGAGCCUUCUCCAGUAGUAGUGACAGAGGUGUGAGGCAGCAAGACCCACACCGGGCACCCCACCCCCCCCGGCAGCCAUGCCGCCGCCGGCAGACAUAGUCAAGGUGGCCAUUGAGUGGCCGGGGGCUUUCCCCAAGCUCAUGGAGAUAGACCAGAAAAAGCCUCUCUCGGCCAUCAUUAAAGAAGUGUGUGAGGGGUGGUCCUUGGGGAACCAUGAAAACUUUGCUCUCCAGAUCGCCGACGCAACAAGUUUCUACAUCACAGAAAAGAAUCGCAACGACAUCAAGAAUGGCUCGAUAUUACGCUUGACCACCUCUCCUUAUCAGACGGCAGUCCAGCUCCAUGAGCGGAUUCAGUCGUCCAGCAUGGAUGCCAAGCUGGAGUCUCUGAAGGACCUGGCCAACGCCUCACGUGACAUCACCUUUGCCCAAGAGUUCAUCAACCUGGACGGCAUCUCCCUGCUCACUCAGAUGGUGGAAAGUGGGACUGAGCGCUAUCAGAAACUACAGAAGAUUAUGAAGCCCUGUUUUGGCGAUCUGCUGUCCUUCACUCUGACCGCCUUCGUGGAGCUGAUGGACCACGGCAUCGUCUCUUGGGACACGUUCUCUGUGGCCUUCAUCAAGAAGAUCGCCAGCUAUGUAAACAAGUCGGCAAUGGACACGGCAGUGCUGCAGCGUUCCCUGGCCAUCCUGGAGUCCAUGGUGCUCAACAGUCAGGAUCUGUACCACAAGGUGGCGCAAGAGAUCACCAUUGGACAGCUCAUCCCACAUCUUCAGGGGACUGAUCAGGACAUACAGACAUACACUAUUGCCGUCAUCAAUGCUCUCUUCCUCAAAGCUCCUGAGGAGAAGAGACAGUAUGAUGAGCACACUGUGGACAUCCUAGAUUGUCCCCUGACAGAGAUGGCCCAUAUUCUGGCCCAGAAACAGCUGCGCUCCAUCAUUCUCAGUAACGUGAUCCGGAGCCCGACACCCAUCAACGAUGAGAUGGCCCACCAGCUGUAUGUGCUGCAGGUUCUCACCUUCAACCUACUGGAGGACCGCAUGAUGACAAAGAUGGAUCCUCAGGACCAGGCUCAGCGGGACAUCAUCUUUGAGCUGCGGAGAAUCGCCUUCGACGUGGAGUGUGAGCCCAACAGCAGCGGGAGCAUCGAGAAACGCAAGUCCAUGUACACGCGCGACUACAAGAAGCUCGGCUUCAUCAACCACGUGAAUCCAGCUGUGGAUUUUACCCAGAUUCCUCCAGGCAUGUUGGCUCUGGAUAACAUGUUGUACUUUGCCAGACAUCACCAGGACGCCUACAUCAGAAUUGUCCUGGAGAACAGCAGUCGAGAAGAUAAGCACGAGUGUCCGUUUGGCCGCAGCAGCAUCGAGCUGACCAAGAUGCUCUGUGAGAUACUCAAAGUUGGCGAGCUCCCCAGUGAAAACUGCCUCGACUUCCACCCCAUGUUCUUCACCCACGAUCGCUCCUUUGAGGAAUUCUUCUGCAUCUCCAUCCAGCUGCUUAACAAGACAUGGAAGGAGAUGAGAGCCACAAGUGAAGACUUCAACAAGGUAAUGCAGGUGGUGCGGGAGCAGAUCAUGCGAGCGCUGACUCUCAAGCCUAAUUCUCUGGACCAGUUCAAGAGUCGCCUGCAGAAUCUGAGCUACACGGAGAUCCUGAAGAUACGCCAGUCCGAAAGAAUGAAUCAGGAAGAUUUCCAGUCACGUCCAAUUCUGGAGCUGAGGGAGAAGAUCCAGCCAGAGAUCAUGGAGCUGAUCAAACAGCAGAGGCUCAACAGGUUGUGUGAUGGAACCUGCUUCAGGAAAAUCAGCAGUCGCAGGAGACAAGAUAAAUUCUGGUAUUGCCGCCUGUCUCCGAACCAUAAAGUCCUGCACUAUGGAGACCUGGAAGAGAGCCCUCAGGGCGAGGUACCCCACGACUCUUUGCAGGACAAACUGCCUGUGGCUGAUAUCAAAGCUGUUAUCACCGGCAAAGACUGUCCUCACAUGAAGGAGAAGGGAGCCCUGAAGCAAAACAAGGAGGUUUUAGAGCUGGCCUUCUCUGUCCUCUACGAGUCUGACGAGUAUUUAAACUUCGUUGCUCCCGACAAACAUGAGUACUGCGUGUGGACCGACGGUUUGAACGCCCUCCUCGGUAAGGAGAUGACCAGCGAUUACACCAAGUCUGACAUGGACACCCUGCUCUCGAUGGAGAUGAAGCUCCGCCUUUUGGAUCUAGAGAACAUCCAGAUUCCGGAGGCCCCGCCCCCAAUUCCCAAAGAACCUAGCAACUAUGACUUUGUUUACGACUGUAACUAGACAAACACAUAACCGAAACAGAACCCAGACCCAUUCAGCACCUACUGUACUCAUUGGACCAACCCCCCCCCCCGCCCUUUUCUUAUAAACUGGAACAAAAAUGAAUAAAACCAUAUAACAUUACAAAAAGUGAACUUUGAUGAGAAAUAGGCUUUUUUUUUUCUCCACACUUUUUUCCUCUUUGUCUUCGCUAGACCUCAAUAAUGGAGAGAACGGUGCAUAUUAACAUGCUCGGUGCACUUGAAGGACUCUGGGUCGAUUCACGCUCAUCAGUUUUCCAUGGAGAUUUGGCCUGUCACUGGUUGUCCUGCAUCCUUUUCCUCACUCUCCUCCUGUGUCUGAUGUUUCUAUACAUUCAUACUUCUUCUUCUUCCUGGCCACGGUGCCAGCUGUCAUCUUGCUUGAAGAUCAUUUGUAGACAAAAUGCGUAGAAAUUCUAUUCGAUUCCUGCUUCCUUGUUGUUCUUGUUUAUGCUUAUGUUAUUAUUUUUUUCCUCAGGGCUUUUGUGGGGGGGGGAGGAGCGGCAGGAGCAGCGAGGGACCGAGGGACGCGGGGGAGGGUUGGGAUUUGUGUUCUGUUGUCAAUUCCCCAGCAGUAUUUCCUGUCACGUUCUCACUUACAGUAUUUGUGGCAGCUAGAUGUUUUCCAAGGGGCUGACAAAAAAGAUUCAAUAGUCAUGAAAAUAGUCUCUUGUAUCCAUGCUGUCCUAAUACAAAUAUACUGAAGACUGUUAGAAAAAAGUCCAUCCACAAAAUCCAGGCACUGUACGACAGUAGAAAGCCUCUUUUUUAUAUAUAUAUAUAUAUAUAUAUAUAUAUAUAUUCUAAUCUUGAUGUUAUAAUCCCGUUGCAGCUUAUUGCAUCUUGUACACACUCACGCUGUGACUUUGCCCAAAAACAACACCUGUUCAGUCACUCCCAUUAUGAACCACACACUCAUCCCUCCCUCAGUUUAUUCACUGCUGUACACAACAUUCCUAAGCAAUAUUUGAUUUUUGUUUACCAUUUGUAAAGUUGUCCGAAUUUUGUGAUUUUAAAAUUGCCAAGUUGUUACAAAGAGAAUGUUGGUAUUUGAUUGAAGGGAAGUUGGUUUUUUGUGUGUGUUCAGGACUAUGGCCACAAAAUUGAAAGUCUGUGUAUUUCUUUUCUUUCUUUUAUUUAAAAACAGAUCACGGUUUUUAUUUCUGGUUUGAUUUAUGUAUUUUCCCCCCUACCUAUUUAAUACCUUCUGAUGUUUUUCUUUAGGAUUUUUCAGAGCCCCUCAAAACUGCUGUUUACAUUAAAGAUUGAAGAACCGA